AUGGUCACUUGGAGCAUUGCCGAAGACCACGCAGCUGCGUGCAGCGACGACCAAGCCAACCACGUCGACAACGCCGCGCUGCGCCUCCAAGGUCCGUCCCUCAUCAUGGACAGCGGAGCCUCGUCGCACAUGACCGGCGACCUCUCGUUGCUCCACAACACCAAGGGCGAGCUCCGCAUCCAGUCCAAUACAACGGGCAAGACGGCAGUUUUCCAAGACACGCUGCACGUGCCAACGCUCCUGAAGUCGCUACUAUCAAUCUCGCAGCUCGCGCGGUCCAACCCGAGGGCUCAAGUGGUCUUUUACGACAACGCCAUGGAUAUCGUGGUCGGUCCAGACGUCUCGAUCCAAGCCGUUACCAAUGAAACGUACGCCACGUUCGUCCACCGGCUCCAAGAGUGCGUCCGCAAGCUCUUUGGAGCUGGCGACAUGACCCCCGAGGCCGACCGCAUCUUUGAUGCCAAGGUCGACUCGAUCCUAGAGCACAUUGCCAAGAAUGACCCCGAAUACUGCUCCUUGAUCGGCGUGAUCAAGUCCGUUGAAAUUGUUGCCUAUCGGAUGGCCCACACGUCCAAGACCAAGGCCAGAGCGCCCAAGGUUCGUGGCACCGACCAAGUCUAUCACACGGAGGCCGGUGACAAAUUCUGCGAAUGGAAAGGCCACGACCUCAGCGAGUGCCGCAACAAGGAGCGCGAUGAAGCCAACGCCAGCCAACGCCAAAAACGCAGAGGCAACCCGUGGUGCGGCGGCAACAUGCCCGUCGUGGUCGUGGCAGACAUGGUCGCGGCGGUCGCGGCGAUCAAGUUAACUACGUACGCGCACACGUACAGUGACUACGAACAAGACGGCCACUAUGCGCACACGUACGAUCGCUACGAGCAAGACGAUUUGUUCACGAUCGAAGAAGCCACAUGCAUCACAUACGUUGACACGGUCGAACCUUUUUGA